GGACUCGCAGGACUCGCGCCGUGCGGCGGUUGAAAGCGAGGCUUUGGGGUCAUGGCGGCAUCGUCGGUGGAGGAGCUGACGCCCUUGGUGACGGCGUUGUAUGAAGCACAGGCGUUCAAAUUCGGAAACUUCGUGCUCAAGAGCGGGCUCUCGUCCCCGGUCUACGUGGACCUGCGUGGCAUCAUCUCCAGACCGCGGCUCCUCAAACAGGUUGCAGAUAUCUUGUUUGAAACUGCUCAAAAUGCAGGGAUCAGUUUUGACUCCGUGUGUGGUGUGCCCUAUACAGCUUUGCCUUUGGCAACAAUCAUCUGCUCAACCAACCAAAUUCCGAUGCUCAUUCGAAGGAAGGAGGCAAAAGAUUAUGGUACUAAACGUCUCGUAGAAGGAGCUAUUAAUCCAGGAGAAACCUGUUUGAUCAUUGAGGAUGUAGUGACCAGUGGUUCUAGUGUUUGGGAAACUGUUGAGGUCCUUAAGAGGGAAGGUUUGAAAGUCACAGAUGCCAUCGUGCUGCUAGACAGAGAGCAGGGAGGCAAAGCCAAGUUGCAAGAGUGGGGUAUUCGCUUACAUUCGGUGUGUACCUUGUCAAAGAUCCUGGAGAUUCUUGAACAGCAAAAAAAGAUUGAUGCUGAGAUGGUUGGGAAAGUGAAGAAGUUUAUUCAAGACAACACCUUUGUAGUCACUGAGCAGAAGGGUACCGUACCUGUAAAGAAAACUCCCAAAGAACUUAGCUUUGGCAUGCGCGCCCAGCUCCCUGGAACCCAUCCUACUGCAUCAAAACUUCUCAGGCUUAUGGAAAAGAAGCAGACCAACUUGUGUCUUUCUGCUGAUGUUACUGAGGCCAAAGAGCUGUUGCAGCUGGCAGCCACUCUCGGUCCCUGCAUCUGUAUGCUCAAGACCCAUGUAGAUAUUCUGAAUGACUUCAGUCUGGAGAUCAUGGAGGAGUUGAAAACUCUAGCAGAAGUCCAUAAGUUCUUAAUAUUUGAAGACCGAAAAUUUGCUGAUAUAGGAAACACAGUGAAAAAACAAUAUGAAGGUGGUGUUUUCAAAAUAGCUUCCUGGGCAGAUAUAGUAAAUGCCCAUGUAGUGCCAGGCUCAGGAGUUGUGAAAGGCCUGAGUGAAGUGGGGAUGCCAAUGCACCGAGGCUGCCUCCUGAUUGCAGAAAUGAGCUCCUCUGGAUCUUUGGCCACGGGUGACUACACAAAAGCAGCUGUGAAAAUGGCUGAGGAACAAUCGGAGUUUGUAAUCGGUUUUAUUUCUGGUUCAAGAGUGAGCCAGAAACCAGAAUUUGUUCACUUGACUCCAGGUAUCCAAAUACAAGCUGGAGGGGAUAAUCUUGGCCAGCAGUAUAACAGCCCACAAGAAGCUAUUGGCAAACGAGGUUCUGACAUCAUCAUUGUGGGCCGUGGCAUAUUAACAGCCUCCAAUCACCUAGGAGCGGCUGAAAUGUACAGAAAAGCUGCCUGGGAAGCCUACUUGACUAGACUUGGUGUUUGAGUCUCUCAAAAAUACUUUUUUAUUUCUUAAAACAUUUCUACUCAAAUUCUUUGAUCUCACAUUUGACCAUACCACAAAAUCAGAGUUGCAAAAACUGGCAAAGCUUCUAGGCACUUAAGUGUUUAAUAACUCUGAGAUGCUCCACAGUAAUAAAUGCUUUCUAAAACAUGGAUUUCUUGUGACUGACAAUUUCUGGGGCAGCCGCAGAAUCUGUUCCACCUUCCUUUUAUUAACAGAGAAGUUAUCUCCCUAAAUAUAAGAGCCUAAUAUAUCUCCCUAAUAUAAUGAUUAUCUCCCUAAAUAUAAAUAAAAGAGCCAAGUCAUAAAGCUUAGAUUGUCAUUAUAACUCUUUUAUACAUGAAUAUUUGUAUUUUUAUAGAAGAGGUUCCCCUUUAUUCCCUGUAAAAGACAUUAAUGUUUUGUUGACGCUUUUUUUUUUUUUUUACAUCAAGGACACUUCUCAUUCACCUCCCUUGUCAUAAAGAAUUAUAGUUAAGCAAAACAGACUCCACUUACCAUUUCACAUGUCAAUGCUGCCAUUCACUACUAAGAAAAAAGAGGUAUCUUUAACUUUCAGUCUUUUGGAGUCAGAAUUGAUCGUUUUAUUGAGCAGAGUUUUAAUGCCUUUCGUUAUUUUACUUCACAUUAAUAUCAUUAUAUAAAUUGUGCUUUUUGCUAUAUGUACUCUGCAUUCAUUCUUAUCAGUCUUCUGUCUCUGAGACCCCUUCCUCUACCUUUUGCCUUGGAUUAUAUGCCCAGUCGUGGUAUCCUUGCAUCAGAGAAUGUAGACAAUUUAGGGACUUCAGAGUAGCUUUUUUUUUUCUUUUUUUGCUUGUUAGUAGCAGUGGCUUAAAGUACGACAUAAUGAUUUUCUUUCUUGACCCUGGGAUGGGAGACACUUUUCCCCUUCCAUUUUAUAAUCAUACUUUCAAUGAAGCAUUUCCUUUUAAACAUGGCUUUAUCAGGAGGAAAGUCAAUAUCCUAUAAUCCAUAAAAAUAAUUUGCUGGCUGUGGUAGGAGCAACAGUAAACCCUUCCUCCAAGCAGGUUAGCUAGUUUUUUCUUAAAAGGUAUUGAGACAUUCUUCAAGACAUGGUUGACUCUGGGGACUCGAUGUCACUGCCUUAUCACCUGGGCACAAAGCAUCCACAAGGAGCCUGGGAACUCUGGUGCUUGACAGGUGGAUUGCCACUGGAACUUUGUUCAGCCUAACCAACUAGAGGGGCUCUCAACUUUCAUCUUUAUUUCAUCUCAGCCCCUUGCCAUGGCUAAAUAAAUCUUUUUUGCUAACUGUA